AUGUCUUCCAAGCCCAAGGAUCGGCCCCCAUCACAGGAGCAUAGAGAGCUUGCCGCUGCGAGGGCACGGCGAGCGGAGGCGAAGAAAGCAGCUGGUGCUGCCCGGCUCCGUCUACUGACGAAACGGUUGCGCGCGCAGCGCGGCGAGCGCGGUCCUCGUCCUCUCUUCUUUGCGGAGCUGUUUCUCCGCUGCAUCGGCUGGUGGCCCAAACGGAGGGGCGAACGAGCCCUACACAAGGCACUCGACAAGCUGCUCAAGGGUGUCGGGUGCGGGCCCUGCCGCGUCAAACUGCUCGGCAAGCCCUCGCACGGUUCCCAGUUCGCAAGGUUGUCCAUGACAAACCAAGAUGAUGCUGAGAAAGCGUUUGACCGGUUGGAUGGCCUGAUGCUUCGUCCUGGCGAGGCGAUGUACGUCGAAUGGUCCCAGAGGUUCAUGCGUGAUGACAGCAAGGAGUACGCGUCCGACAAGCAACAGGCCGAGGCAUGCGAGGCCGGGUGGGCGACCUAUGUCGAGGAGGUGCUGGGACCGAUGUCGGCGCUCUCGUUUGCCGAGGACAUGAUCAUGAGCGAGGACGACGACGACAUGGACGUGGACGACGAGGAAGAUGGAGUCGACAUGGACGACGAUGCCCACGACGGGCCGAGCACGAGCACCACGUCCGCGCCGAUCGCUGUCGACCCACACGUGGGCGCCGAAGAGCCCGUCAUGCCGGCGUGCGCAUCAUCCACACCCAUGCCCGUCGAGUCCUCGCCCGCCGCUCCGCCGGUCUACGCUGCGCCCAAGUCAAGCAUGCCCAGCCAACUUGCUCCACCGCCCAUGUUCGCCUCGCCGACCGUUCAGUUUUGGCCGCCCGACAUCCCCCUGGCCGCCGCGCCCAACAUCAGCUUGUCGCUCUCGACCUCGCCGCCGCCGGCUGUGCCCUUGGUCCCGGCACCCAUGCUCGCACCUGACCUUCCGCCGCCAGUCAGCCACGCCGCCCACUGUGCGAGUACGUCCGCCUCGGCACCUGCGAUGGGCUCAGCGGCAACCGAGGACGCGUCAACUGGGGUGUCUUUUGCCAACGACAUCGACACGCUCGACGGGCAUUACGAGAGCCUCUCGCCCCAGGGCCUUGCCGCCGUCCUCGGGUACCAACCCCCGCUCGACCAGCCUGUCGUCUUGCUCGGCCCAGCCGUCGAGCCGCCCGUCGUCUUGCUCGGCCCAGCCGUCGAGCCGUCCGUCGUCGUGCUCGGCCCAGCCGUCGAGCCGCCAGUCGUCUUGCUCGGCUCAGCCGUCGAGCCGCCCGUCGUCGUGCUCGCCGCAAAUGUCGAGCUGCCCAUCGUCGCGCUCGCUCGAACCGCCGCGCCGCCCGUUGUCGCCCAGGUUCCGCCUGCCCCGGCGCCGGCGGGAGCCACCCGCACCGAGCUCGCUCGUCCCCCAGUUGUUCCAGUUCUAGGAGCAACCAGGCCUGCCGAGGCCAGUCCAUCCGCGCCGCCAGUUCCGGUCAUCGGCAAGUCGAUGUCAAGGACCUCGGCCGUGGCUUCUCUCGCACCUCCAGCUCCUGGCCCGAGCCGUCCGACUCAGGCAAUGCCACCUCUCCGUGUCUCGGCGCCACCCUCUUCGACUGCACCACCGGCUCGUCCGGCCGAAGCUUCGUUCAUGAAGCGGCCGUCCAACACGAGUAACCUCCGCAAGAAGCCGCAGCCUCGGGCUGGUGCACCGUCACUGCCGCUACCAGCGGCCCACCUUUCCGCGCAAACCACCAGCGUCGCGACUGAGGAGGAGACCGCUAUGAACGGCCUCUGA